AUGGGUUCAGAGCCAGUUUUACCCAUCGAUAAUGUGGACAAGAUGGAUAGGAAAGGUUCCAGCGAUAAGCCAUCUGUCGACCAAGGCCACGGGAUGAUCAUUCUCGAGAAGAAGGUCGAGAGAUCAUAUGGUAAGCACACUACACUACACAUUACCCAGGAAAUCUUGUUGACAGUGACGGCAGUCAAGAAGCUCGACUUCUACCUUUUGCCGUUCCUCAGUCUCAUGUACUUCUUCAAUUCGGUAGACAGGAGUAACCUGGGAAAUGCUCAGACAGAUGGGCUGGGGAACGAUUUAGGCUUCGUGGGCAACCAGUACUCGUUGCUCAUCCUGCUAUUCUAUAUUCCGAACGGACUUUGUGAUCUGCCCCUGAACAUGCUCACCAAGAAGUUCUCUGGCAAGAUCAUGCUACCAGGACUGAUGUUUGGAUGGGGCUCCAUGGCCUUGCUCCAAACUGCAGCCAAGAACUUUGCAGGAAUUCUCGUGCUCCGACUCCUAUUGGGAGCCUUUGAAGCCGGAUUCUUCGCAGGGACCGUCUUCUACAUGACGCUUUUCUACACUCGUGGCGAGUUGGGGUUCCGCAUCGCGCUCUUCUUCGGCUCAGCUCUUCUCGCAAGCGCUUUCAGCGGCGUGAUUUCAUUCGGAGUAUUCCAGAUUCCAGAUUCCCAUGUCAAAGGAUGGAUGUGGCUCUUCAUAAUCGAAGGAGUGCUCACAGUCGUGAUUGCUGUAAUGGGGUUCUUCUGGCUCCCAGCGUCGCCUGAUACAGCAUGGUUCCUUAAGCCAGAUGAGCGUGAAGCCGCAAAGCUUAGGUCUCUACGUGACGCCUCAUCUGAAGUGAACACGGCCUUCAACCUCAAAGAAUGUUUCCAAACGUGGAAUGACUGGAAGUUUCCAUUGUGGUGCGUGAUAUCGUUCACAUACCCGGUGGCAUUCGCAACCUGCGCGAACUUUCUGCCGAUUGUACUGCAGCGCCUGGGUUACUCGACCGUUGUAACAAAUCUCCUGACUGUGCCGCCCAAUUGCGCGGGCUUUUUGGUGCUACUCGCAGUCACCUACUCUUCAGACCGGUUUCGUGAGCGGACCUACCACAUCGUCUUUUCGCUGGUCCUUUCCAUGGUAGGCCUGAUAAUCCUCGCUGCCAUCGAUACCGUUAACACGCGGGGGUUGGCAUACUUUGCGUGCUUUCUAGUAGCCGCAGGAGCGUACAUUCCCAGCUGCUUGGUCCAUUCGUGGCACAACAAUAACAAUUUGAACGAGAAUUCUAGAGCAGCAAACACCGGUCUGCUGGUUGGACUCGGUAACCUGGGCGGUAUCCUUUCUGCAGCUACCUUUAGGACAGAGUAUGCCCCCAAGUAUGCACCAUGCCUUAUCGCGACGGCCUGCUGCAAUGCAGUGUGCAUCUGCUUCACGCUGUGGCUCGGCGUUUGGAUGAAGCAAGACAAUAAGCGGAAGGACCAAGAACAAGGCCGCGUACUCAAGGCCGAAAAUGUAGACACAAGUAGACUCGAGGGAGGCGACGCCGCCCAUGACUGGCGAUGGUUUACUUAA